AUGGCCUUUGUCGAUGGCAAUGACAUUGUACGAGUUGGAGGCAGACUCACACACUCAGCACUCAAUACAGCUGCUAUUCUCCUAGCUAUUUUACCUCGACACUCACAGCUUACAUCUCUAGUGGUCAAACAUGCUCAUCAGGUAACUCUCCAUGGUGGUACUCAACUUACUCUCAGUCGCACUCAUCACGAGUUUUGGAUCAUCGGUGGAAGAGCUUCCAUCCGAUCCAGCAUUCUUAAAUGCGUCACGUGUGCAAGGUACCGUGCUCAAUGUGCGCAGCAAAUGAUGGGUCAACUGCCCGAGGCCAGAGUGACACCAUCGAGACCUUUCUCUCACACUGGUGUGGACUACGCUGGUCCACUUACCAUCAAAUCGUGGAAGGGUCGAGGCUCAAGGAUGUACAAAGGCUGGAUUUGCGUUUUUGUGAGCUUCAGUUCAUCGGAAGUUCAUCUCGAAGCUGUAACAGAUUGCUCAACAGAUGGAUUUCUUGCUGCUUAUCGCCGAUUUACUUUACGCCGUGGUUUACCAUUGAAGCUUUACUCAGAAUGCGGUACGAAUUUUGUCGGCGCCGAUAAAGCUCUUCGACAGCACUACACGGAUGCUCAACCUUCUCCUCACAUGGGAGGUAAAUGGGAAGCCGCAGUGAAAUCAAUAAAAUUUCAUCUGCGUCGUACCGUUGGAGAAGCACUUUACACAUACGAAGAAAUCAGCACUCUACUCACACAGAUUGAAUCAGUGCUCAACUAUAGACCUCUAGAGCCAAUAAGCAAUGACUCAGAGAUUUCGAAUGUCUCACGCCUGGUCAUUUUCUCAUCAGGUCGGCACUCAAUAUACCUCCAGAACCUAGCUUACUCGACUUAUCUCAGUCUCGACUCUCCAGGUGGUAGUUCAUCCAGGCACAGCUCCAGAGGUUUUGGAAACAGUGGUCAUCUCAUUAUCUUCAGCGGCGGCAAUCAGUCUCCAAGUGGCAUCAUCCAUCUCAUGAGGUUCAAGUUGGCUCACUGGUGCUAA